UCGGAGGAGCAGCUCUGCCUGCGCCCGCUUUUCGUGCAGCCAAGGGUGGGCACAGAUUCUUGAAGACAGCAAACCAGACAAAAAGAAACUUUGGGGCGCCAGGAGUGUCGGCUGGCGGGACGUUUAGUUGACUUUUUGUGCGUGGUCUUUAGGAUUAGCCGCUCCAGGAAGCGAGAUGUCGAAGCCACCACCCAAACCAGUCAAACCAGGACAAGUUAAAGUCUUCAGAGCUCUGUAUACAUUUGAACCCAGAACUCCAGAUGAAUUGUACUUUGAAGAAGGGGAUAUUAUCUAUAUUACUGACAUGAGUGAUACCAAUUGGUGGAAAGGAACCUGCAAAGGCCGAACUGGGCUGAUUCCAAGCAACUAUGUGGCUGAGCAGGCAGAAUCUAUUGACAAUCCAUUGCAUGAAGCUGCAAAAAGAGGCAACUUGAGCUGGCUGAGAGAGUGCUUGGACAACCGAGUUGGUGUUAAUGGCUUAGACAAAGCUGGAAGCACUGCCUUAUACUGGGCUUGCCAUGGGGGUCAUAAAGAUAUAGUGGAAGUGUUAUUUACUCAGCCAAAUAUUGAACUGAACCAGCAGAACAAGUUGGGGGACACAGCUCUGCACGCUGCUGCUUGGAAGGGUUAUGCAGAUAUUGUCCAGUUGCUUCUGGCAAAAGGUGCUCGAACAGACUUACUAAACAAUGAGAAGAAGCUGGCUCUGGACAUGGCUACUAAUGCUGCCUGUGCAUCGCUCCUUAAAAAGAAACAAGGAACAGAUGCAGUUCGAACAUUGAGCAAUGCUGAGGAUUAUCUUGAUGAUGAAGACUCAGAUUAAUUCCCUUCCAGAGCUUUGAGAGCUAAAACUUCUGUUGCCUUUGCCAUUCCAAAAUUGUGUCUUUGCCAGAAGAGUGUUGGUAACUGUAAAAAAAAGAAAAAGAAAAAUGUCUAUAUGAACAUGGCAGUAUUGCAGUGUGUUUGAAUAGAAAUGUAAAUGAAUAACUUGCCUCCUCCGGUUUGCCAAUAAGGGGCUGGAUACUUUGCUGUAUAAAGUACAUUUAUGUUCAUCAGAGUAGACGAGAAGAGAUUAUUUCUAUUUAUCAAGUUUAAGAAAUUUUAAGAAUUUUUUUCUUAAAAAAAAAA